GAAGCUGCAAACGCACACCACGCCGCGAGAGAGAGAGUGAGAGAGAGAGAGGGAGGGAGAGGGAGAGAGAGAGAGAGAAAAUAUGGCGGACAGGGCAGUGACUAUUCGUACAAGGAAGUUCAUGACUAAUCGUCUUCUCUCGAGGAAGCAAUUCAUUAUAGAUGUUUUGCAUCCUGGAAGACCAAAUGUUGCCAAGGCGGAGUUGAAGGACAAAUUGGCUGGAAUGUAUGAGGUUAAGGAUCCAAAUUCCAUAUUUGUGUUCAAGUUCCGCACCCAUUUUGGAGGGGGGAAAUCUACUGGUUUCGGUUUGAUUUAUGAUUCCGUUGAAAAUGCAAAGAAAUAUGAACCAAAGUAUCGGCUCAUCAGGAAUGGAUUGGAUACCAAGGUGGAAAAGUCAAGGAAGCAAAUGAAGGAAAGGAAGAACAGGGCCAAGAAGGUCCGAGGAGUGAAGAAGACCAAGGCUAGUGAUGCUGCAAAGGCUGGGAAGAAGAAAUGAGCUUCUAGGGAUUUUGAACUUGCUUCAGUGCCAAUUACACAACAAGUUGUCUUUUUUGCCAGAGCUCUCUUCAAUAUUAUUUUGUUCUUGUCUUUGAUUAGAUUUGCAGUCCUUUUUUGCUUUAAAUGAGUAAAACAUAUGUAGCCGUUGACUCGAAAAGAAUCCCAUUUUCCGUUAUUUGAGAACCAGACUGAGGAUAUGCGCUCUAAUUACCUAUUUAAGCCAAAAGAAAACAUGAAUUUGAACCAUGACUCUCAAGAUUCUGUACUGCCCUACUGGGGAAGGGCCCUGAAUAUAGACAUAGUUGGAAACAUGAGAAAUUUAGGUGGUGAGGGAGUUUGAUAAAAAGGUAACAGAAGGUCUUUGGGUCAUGACUUGUGAGGAUUCUGAAAGAACUGUAGGGACUUUUGAAUGGUAGCUGAUAAAGUUUUUGGAGGA